AUGACUCGUGAAGUAGAAAUGGUUAUUCCACCCGACAGAAACCGCGGAAUCCAGUGGUCGUAUAUCAUAAAAGUUGUUGGGGGAAUCCUGUCUUUGUUCACCGUGAGCUUCUUGCUGUGGCGGGCCGUUUUCGUCGGCCCCCAUAAGCCCCGGUUCACCCUCCAAGAUGUAACCCUCUAUAACUUCAACGUCACUGUGGACCCGAGCUGCCUCAGCUCCGCGUUUCAAGCCACCAUAUGGUUGCAGAACCCAAAUGCCCGGAUUGGCCUAUACUAUGACACCGUGGGGGUGUACGCCACGUACGAAAACCAGCAGGUGACCUCGAGGACGGAAAUCAAUUCAACGUAUGAGGGGCACAAGAGUGCAGAUCUUUGGACCGUGCUUGUUGCUGGGACCUCGGUGCCGGUGGCACCACACAUCGGGGCGGCACUGAAUCAGGAUUGGGGAAAUGGCGUGGUGGUGAUCAUGAUAAAGCUUGAUGGAAAAGUAAGAUGGAAACUUGGGAUAUUGGCCAAGGGCGAGAAUCAUAUCACCGUUUUAUGUCCGGCGUACAUCACGUUUGGACCAAGCAGUACUGGCAUCUCCGUCGGCAACAAUGCCAUCAAAUAUCAACUUUUCCAUAAUUGCGAUGUCAAUCUCAGUAAAUGA